AUGCCCCCAAAGAAUAGCAAGGAAUCUGCUCCAGUGUGCAUAGCCAACUUGAAAAUUUCAGUUCUCCCAAUGGUCACCACACAAGGACUUGAUCUAAAUCCACCCGUCACAUUCAGACUAAGGUCAGGGAGUGGGCCAGUCUACCUUGCUGGACAGCAUGUGACAGCUGUCAGCCCAUGGAAUAAUACUGUGGAGGAGGAAGAAGAGGAGGAGGAGGAAGAGUCCCAAGAAGAUGAAGAGAUGGAGGAAUCUUCCAAGGAAGAGUCUCCAGUAAAGCCAGAGCUAAGAAAAGAAACUAUACAGCAAACUGUAUCCCAGCAACACCAAGAGGAGAGGCAGAGUGGAAAAUACUAUAAUCUUCACAACUAUUCUGCUGUGUCUGGAAAGAAAUGGGCAGAAAGUCAGUUUCAUGGCUGCAAGAAAGGGGAGGAAAGUGCCUCAUAA